AUGAACCCUUCCAUGGCACCGCCUCCGCCGCGAAACCCUAACUCCUCUUCGUCAUCCGCCUCCAUGUCGCCGCCUCCGCACCCAAACCCCUCGCUGCCGACGGCGCGGCCGGAGGCGGCGUCCGAGCCCGACUUGUCCUCAGCGGAGGUGAUCGGUCGCGCUGACCCUAGCACAUCCUCCUCGAUGCCGCCAUCACCGCCCCCAAAACCCGGUCCGCCGGCACCGCAGCUGGAGGCGGAGGCGGCGGGGGCUGAGGGAAGCGCUUCCCCGAGCCCCAGCGUGAGCGACUCGUCAGCGAAGGAGGCGCCCAACACCAGCGGGCCCUCCUCCGGCAACACCGUGAUGGAGGAAGCGGCCGCGUUGCCAGUGGAGCGGCAGAGGCAGCAGAGGGCGCGCGCGCCGUACUCCAUUCCCGAGUGGAGCACCGCGCCGAGUCACCCCUUCUUCCUUGAGGUGCUCAAGGACGGGACGAUCGUUGAUCAGCUUGACGUGUGA